GUGAACAUUGGCUUGUGUGUCUUAGGCCUUAUUGCCAUGGCAAGCACCAACUCUCUGAUGUGGACCUUCUUUAGCCGGGGCCUCAGUUUCUCUAUGUCUUCAGCCAUUGCAUCUGUCACAGUGACUUUUUCUAAUAUACUCAGCUCGGCCAUCUUAGGCUACUUGCUAUAUGGAGAGUGCCAGGAGGUCUUGUGGUGGGGAGGGGUGUUCCUCAUCCUUUGUGGGCUCACCCUGAUCCACAGCAAGUUCCCACCCACCUGGGAGGCAAGCAAGCAACAGUGACGCCAGUUGGUUGGAUGGUCACACUGUAAAGAUGACUGUGAUGCCCAGCCGUGGGUUGACAAGUAGGACUGUUUCCAAGCUGGCCUGGGAGUACAGCCCCUGACUAUCAGCCACAAGGAGAUGCCAGACCAACACAGGCCUCUGACCAUGGGCUCCUGUAAGAGGAAGAUAACCACCACAGCACAGGCCCACGUCCUGUUGGUACUUGGCACAGUGCUUUGAUUCUUGUGCUCCAGGGCUACCUCAAUGAACCCCAGAAGGCUCUGUGAUCUUGCCCAGCAACAUGUCAAGCAUCUGAGAAGUGUUGCGAUUAUGGUCCUCCUACCUGACCAUGGCCCCUCCUAUACCCCAGAGGUGGUAGCUGGUGGGGUUUCCUGAAGAAACAAACAAGCAAGCAAACAUGUAAUGUGUCAGGUUAUCUGUCACGCCGAUGAAUCCACAGCAAGAGAAGGGAACAAUAAAUACCUAUUUGUAAGUUGAA